AUGGCUACUGGCAUGAGGGACACUGCCACGAGUACUGUCGUGGCUACUGGCAUGUGGGACACUGCCACGAGUACUGUCGUGGCUACUGGCAUGUGGGACACUGCCACGAGUACUGUCGUGGCUACUGGCAUGAGGGACACUGCCACGAGUACUGUCGUGGCUACUGGCAUGAGGGACACUGCCACGAGUACUGUCGUGGCUACUGGCAUGAGGGACACUGCCACGAGUACUGUCGUGGCUACUGGCAUGAGGGACACUGCCACGAGUACUGUCGUGGCUACUGGCAUGAGGGACACUGCCACGAGUACUGUCGUGGCUACUGUCAUGAGUACUGUCGUGGCUACUGGCAUGAGGAACACUGCCACGAGUACUGUCAUGGCUACUGUCAUGAGUACUGUCGUGGCUACUGUCAUGAGUACUGUCGUGGCUACUGGCAUGUGGGACACUGCCACGAGUACUGGCGUGGCUACUGGCAUGAGUGACACUGCCACGAGUACUGUCGUGGCUACUGGCAUGAGGGACACUGCCACGAGUACUGUCGUGGCUACUGGCAUGUGGGACACUGCCAGGAGUACUGUCGUGGCUACUGGCAUGUGGGACACUGCCAGGAGUACUGUCGUGCCUACUGGCAUGAGGGACAAUGCCAGGAGUACUGUCGUGGCUACUGGCAUGAGAGACACUGCCAGGAGUACUGUCGUGGCUACUGGCAUGAGGGACACUGCCACGAGUACUGUCAUGAGAGAUAUUUCAUAA